AUGGCCUCCUACAUGAACGCCAGCGAAGCCUUCGUCCGCGAAAAGCUCGACGCAAGCACAGGAAAUCCAAUUCCACAAUCAUUAUGGGCUGACAAAUAUCGCGGACUAACGCAAACUCUAUCGCCAAAGGCCACAGUCGAGGACCUAGAUCCACCCCCCGCCCUCUCCGUUUCCCCUAGCACUCCCAUCUCUGCUGCGCUGCUGGCCGCCUUCGAACGUGACUACACACACCUCACUGUUACCUCCUCCGCGCACCGCUCUCUGCUCGGAUACCUCAGCAUCCCGCGACUCAAGGAACUGCUUGCGGCAGGGAAGGUAAAGGAAUCGGAUACAGUUUCGGCAGCUAUGCAGAGGUUCAACAGGAAGCGGGGCACAUAUCAGGUUAUUACAAUGGAAACGCCGCUUGAGGAACUGGAGAAGUUUUUUGAGAGCGGGGAGGGAACGAAUGGAGAGAAGAGGGAGUUUGCUGUAGUGACAGACGCAGAGAGGAAGUUUGUGCUCGGAGUCGCGACAAAGGGAGAUCUGGAAGAGUUCGUUAGGCGGAGACCCUGA